UCAUGAUGGCUUCACAAUAUCAUUUUUGCUGAUUUACUAUUGAAAGCAGUGAAGCCUCGACACAGUACGUCCCAUCAUAAAAUUUAUGGAGUAAAACAACAUUUAUUAGUUCUUCAUGUCGGGAUAAUCUCGUCUCGGAGCCCGUUGAAGCUUUUCCGGCGACUUUAUGUUAUCUUAGCUUGCUAGCUGCUAUACAAAGAGACGCGUUUGUUGUCAACACGUCGCUAAGCAAAAAUCAAGAGUGAGUGUAAGCGUUAUGCUUAUCAUAUGAAAAUGUAUGCAAGAAAGAUAAAAGAGAACGACGACGUGAUUUAUCGAGCAAGAGAGGAGAACGAGCGACAAUGUCAAAGACUGGAUGCUGUUUUCAAGCCCCAAGAUGGACUAAACACAGCAGACCUCAGGGAAGUUCGGCAGCAGUGGAACUCCACGUUGGAGCAGCAGGAGCCUGAGCCUCCCCACGUUAAAGAGGAAGAGGAGGAGGAAGAUAUCACCAAAUUGCCAUUUAAUCUUGUCAUUGUAAAGAGUGAAGAUGAUGAUGAGUACCAUGAUGAUAAAGAAUAUGAUGGAGACCAUUGUGGCGGAUCCCAAGAUGACAGCCUCUUAGCUCCACCACCAGAAAGUGAUAAUGCAACGUCACACUUUCCCGACACUGAUUACGGUGAUGAUGAACACUCUAAAGGUGAUAUGACUUGUCACACUGACAGUAAGUGCUUGCAAUGUUCCCAGUGUGGGAAAACAUUUUGUUCAAAAUGGGAUUUGAAAGUCCACAUGAGAAGUCAUACAGGAGAAAAACCUUUCAGAUGCUCAAUCUGUGGUAACAGAUUCACUCGUAAGGGACAUUUGAACAUACACACAAGAACACACACUGGGGAGAAACCGUUUGCUUGCUUGGUUUGUGGUAAAAGAUUUAUCCAAAGGGGAAGUUUAAUUAUGCACACAAGAGCGCACACUGGAGAAAAACCAUUUGCCUGCUCAAUCUGCAACUUGAGUUUUGGAAGUCGUUCAAAUUUAAUAACACACUCAAGAACACACACUGGGGAGAAGCCUUUUGCCUGUUUAGAAUGUGGUAAACAUUUCUCUAUAAAGACAAGUUUAAUAAGGCACACACGAACACACACUGGAGAGAAGCCCUUUGCAUGCUCGGUCUGCAACUUUAGUUUUACUGAACGUUCAGGAUUGGUUAAACACAUGAGAACGCAUACCGGGGAGAAACAGUUUUCAUGUACAGUUUGUGGUAAAAGAUUCUCUCAAAGACGUACUUUGACAACACACACAAGAAUCCACACUGGUGAGAAGCCAUUCAGUUGCAGUGUGUGUGAUAAAAGAUUCCAUGUCAAGUGUCAGGUUAAGAGACACAAGUGUGCUGGUGAGAGCAGCACUGGUCACUGACGCUUCAAAUCAAAUCUAAAGGAACAAGCUGUAAAAGUGUAUCUGUGAUACAGAAUAAAACACAAGUCUACAAACAGUGAUAGUUUUGAGUGCCUAUUGUAGGAGCUUCAUCUUGUCGUAUCUUGUUCCCUUGAAUCCCUUUUUGUUGCCGUUCGCCCAAGGCCGAAGCGAACUGAGCACCUGCUUUUAGGGCCCUACGACCUAGGGGGCCCUCAAAUGCAACAAACGACGAAAAACAGGAACAUGAAAAAACCUAAAUGUUUAGCUUAAUGUGAUUGAUUUAUUUCUGAACUAAAGCUUUGCACAUUUUAAAAUAGAUUUAAGAUCGAAUUGUUCAACUUUAUAUUGUCUUCAGACAAUUUGUCUCAUUGUCUUUCAGGCACAUCUGUUAAUUUCAUCAUGAAGUAUU